AUGGGAAUGCAAAACCCGUCUAAGUCUAACCUGGACACCUACUGCAAAAUAAUUGAAUGGAUGCUGACGUCUGGAGCAGAUCCUUGGCUGACUGGACCCGAAACCACGUUCACUUUCCCGCUCCAGAACUACUUCAAUGUUCCGGUCUCUGGUCAUUCAGCCAUUUCCCUUGCUGUCGAACUACUGCGGCUGUCUCAGAAUCCGAAGGUUGCGCAAGACAUGCGCUCAACGUACAAACAAUACCUUGACAGAGUCUUGUCUCUGCUUGCUGUGAAGGCGGACAACAGAAAGUGUACACAGGUUGGAUCGGGCGUUCUCCAGCGAUGGAUCCAGAUUCGGCACUUGACCGACACUCAUACGAUUACCUUUGAGGCAGCAGAUGGUGCAGUUACCUGCCAUGACAGCAUGCUAAUGGCAACCUCUCCAGUUCUGCGGGCCAUGAUCGGUUCUGAUAUGAUGGAGCGUUCUCGCGGAACUAUAACGCUGGACAAGCAAUCUUCUGCCAGCUUGUCGCUACUCAUGGACAUGCUCUACACGGGGUCCACAUGCCUGGAUUCAGAUCCGAAGAUUGUGCUUGAAGCGCUGGAGUUGGCCCAUCGCUGGGACGUGCGAGACGUGGUGCAAGCACUUGCAGGGCGUCUUCAAGAUAUGAUUUCCAUAGAAUCUUUGGUCUCCAUCACAGAAGCUUCCAAGCGUCUGGGCUUGGAGGACCUCCAUCGUUCCUGCGAUGCUUUCGCAGCAAGGGUGAAUGUCAGGUGGCGGUGCAGCUACUCGUUGAUCGCACAAGAGACAGUUUCUCGUCCCUAG